CAUACAGCCAGGCCUUGUCUGUGUCCUUUUUCUGCACAUAAAGAGGCAGACUUCUCCUCUCUAUUGUGAGUGCAUUCAGAUCCAUCGUUUUAGCAGGAGAUUAGGAGAAUUAAUCCCUUUUUGAGUGCAAUAUAAUAUUGAGCAAUUUGUUUGUAAUGAGGGGCCGAUUAUUGGGGAUAAUGCAUCUGGAAUGAACUCUGAUGGAGGCUGAGGAUAAAUAAAUGUUGAUAUUGAUUGGUUGAUAUGGCUGUUUAUUAUGACAUUAUAUGACAUAUUACUCAGGACUGGACUCGACUUGUUCCUUCCAAAGUACAUCAGAUGAUGAAGACUUGUGCAUUAUCUCCGUAUGGAUUUAGUCCUAAGUACUAUCAUCAUGGAGCUACAUUCAAGAGCCCAGCGAUUUCCAGUGGUAUCCCCAAUCUCUUGUCGUCGGUGAUGGGGGAUGUGUAUGGGCCUGAAGCCAGCUACUUGACCAGUGAGACAUUCCACACUCCGAGUUUUGAUGACGAUUUUGACAUCACGUCUUUGAACCUCCCUCCAGUAUCUGACAGUGUAUCACACGUACAGCCCCACCCCCAGACGAGCUUCCCCACCCCCCAGUACUCAGACUUUCUCCCAGCGCAGUACAAUGUUUACUCUCAACAGAACACUACCCCUGUGUCUAGUGUCAACCCUUUAAACACUGCAGCAUUCACCCCCAUCUUUCCCCCACAGAACUUUGAUAUCCCCGACAUUUCUUUCACCAAUAACUUGAAUCCCAGUGUUAGUUCUCUGACGUCUAUGGCCAUGAUGACCAGUUCUAUAGACAAUGGAAAUCAGAACUUUCCCCAGGCCAGCAUGGCUUCCUCAGUACCCACUAUGACCAACAAUGCUCAGAUCUCAGUCAUUAAAAUGGACAACAACUUUCUGGAACCAAACAGAGAGACCUCACCGUCCCAAAGCACAAACUCAGUGUCUCCACAAAGGGAGAGCAGCGAGGAUAGCAGUGACGAUUGUCUCCCUUUGGCUCAGCUGAUGAAAAGACAAGCAGCAGCUAAGUCAACAGAGAAAGAGCCCUCACCCCCACCAGCCGGGGUCACUAAAACCAGGAAAACACCUAAAAAGAAAAAGAAGAAGGAUCCCAAUGAACCCCAAAAACCAGUUUCAGCAUAUGCUUUGUUCUUCCGAGAUACUCAAGCAGCAAUAAAGGGAGGUAAUCCCUCUGCCAGUUUCGGAGAGGUUUCCAAAAUCGUGGCAUCCAUGUGGGAUAGCCUGGAACCUGAGAGAAAAAAUCUGUAUAAAAAGAGAACUGAGCUAGCAAAGAAGGAGUACCUGAAACAACUCGCAGCCUACAGGGCUAGCCUGGUAUCACAGUUACCAAUGGAUGACAACAGUCCAUUUGGAAAUGUCAUGGAUAAAAGUCACUUGGCAAGGGGGCCACAGGCCUCCCCCAUGCAUGGAUCUCCUAAUGUAUCCCCUCCCCAGGGGGUGUGGCCCAUGUCCUCCAUGGCCAUGCCGAACCAGUCACCCUUGGGUCUUCAUGGAAUGUCCCCCCAAGGACAAUCUCCGGACAGUCACGGCAUGUCCCCCCAAGGCACAGGAAUUUCCCCCCUUCACCAGGGACCCAACAUGUCACCUAACAUGGGGGACCUGAUGAUGGGACCUCCCACCAACAGCCCCCCACAGAUGGGAUACAGCCCCCAGCACCCUCAUGUGAGCCCCCAGCAUAUAGUGCCAUCUCCCCCUCGACCCGUUCAACCUAUUGCUCCAAGACAACCAGUCCUAGGACAAUUGAUGGAGGAAGCAAACAUAUGUUUGGAUGGUGGAGACUUGAUGCAGUCUAUGUGUAUCAGAAAUGGUUGUACUAAUCCAACCAUAGAGAGCCCAGGCUGGGAUAAUGAGUACUGCUCAAACGAGUGUGUUGUAAAUCACUGCAGGGAUGUAUUUUCAGCAUGGGUGUCAUCAAGACAAGGCUCCAACCAGUUUACUGUGAAGUGAAGAGCUCCAGUCAAAGGGAGAGAACUCAAACCAGUUCAACAUCUGAACAAAUGUCAUCCAUUCAAAGGGAGAGAACAAGUUUUCAGACUCAUUCUUCCUAAAGAAUAUUGUGAACUGGAAAUUGGAGACUUGUUAUGUGAGAAAAAGGAUCUCUUGUUGCAAGUGGCCUUGAUGGAUAUCAAUUUGACUACUGAAUCAUGUUAUUAUUGUUGAUAGAGAAAUGUGUUCUCCUUGCAUUGUUUUCAAGGCAAUCAAUUUUUUUUCUAUAUUGAUGUAACAUGCAUAUAGUUCUAUUUGUCAAAACUGUAAUGUGCUCUAUCACCUGAAACCAAUAAUUUAUGCUUGAUAUAUGCAGUUUCUUGCUUUCAAUGCACUGACUUUCAUUAUAUGCAAAGAAAUUUUGUUUGAAAAAUUGAUAUUUGUAGUAUCAUCAUGCAUGUUUGAAAAAUUUGUCCGUUACUUAAGUAUGUAAUGUUUGCUGUACAUUGCAUCCUUUUACUGGGUCAUGUAUUCUCUUGUUAUAGAUUUCUCUGUGUUUCCUAUUUUUUUUAUAUAAUGUCCAUUGUUGAAUAUUAUGCAAGCAUUUAUUCAUGAUGAUGUGUUUAAAACUGAGCUGCAGACUUUCUGUUCUGAAAUCAGUUUUUCUUUUCUAAUGAACAGAGAGGGGAUACAGAUAUUUCUGAUUGUUUUUAUUUUGUGGUGAUUGUUAAUGAAACGGCAGUUUUAACAUAAAACAAAUCUUUUAAAGUAGAUAUUAGCAGAUGUAGAUUUUUCUUUUACUUUGGGAAAAAAAAAUAUAAAAACAGGAAAAAUGAAGUAGUAAAAUAUAAUAUUGAAAAUAAGGAAAAAAUAUAUAACUCAAGCAACUUUUUUUUUCUUUUGAAUUUAAUUUAUUUAUCUGUUUGUAUAUAUAUGAAGCCUGUUAAAAUGUGAUUUAAGUCAACUGUGUCCUUUUAUCAUUUGUUAGGACUCUUUUGCUUGUAUUAUGUCUCUCCUCUUCAAAGUUAAAGAAAUACACUUGUGUCCAUUUACCAGGUAAAAGAGGGACAUUAAAAAUCCUUUCUGUUAUGCUUUUCAUUCAUUAUAAGAUAUACAUGUGGCUUGCAGGAAAGUCUUAUGCUCUGAGCUGUACAAGUCUGUGCCUCAAUUCUUUUUCUAGAAUGUUAUCACUUCUACAUGCUCUACAGCAUUUGAAUGAUACUGUUUUUCUUCUUUGAAAUAGGCAAUUUGUCCUUGAUUCCAUGUAACAUCAUGAUGAGAAAAAGGUAAUAAAAUCACAAAAAGCACAGCUUUCAA